UCUUGCAUAACUUGCUUUUCCAAUCUGUAGGUUUCAGGCACUAUAUUGAUUUUGGAUUAGUUCUUUUUUCUAGAUAAAGUCUGGUAACUAUGAAGGCAUGUUAAUGUGCACAUUCAUCUACUGAUUUAAUAGGUUUAUAACUGUACGUCCUGGUUUAUCUAUGGAUGUUGGAAAGUGAGGAUUUGCCAGCAUGCACAUAGUGAAUUGUUAGUGUCAGGAAGGGUUGGUAGAAAAGGGUGAAAAAGAAACGUGCUGGCAAAAUGGAGAAGACUCUGAACAGAAUUCAUCCAGUUUCUGAUCCAGAAACAACCUACUUCCUACAAGUAUCAUGGGAAAAGGAUUUAGGCAGUGGCUUUGGUAUACUUCUUACUGAUGGUCAGUGCUCAUGGACUGGGACAGUGUCUGAGGCAGAAAUUUCCAGGGAGGCUGCUGACAUGGAAAUGAACAAGGCAAAGUAUGUGGAAGAGCUGAAGAAAGCAUUGGUGACUAGAGAAGAGUCAGCUGGCAAAUACAACUUUGUGAUUUCAAGAGAUCAAGAAAAUAUGGUGUGUCAGUUCUCCUACGAAAGAAGUCUGAAAGAUGGCUCUUUCAGACUUGGCUCUGUGAGGCUGCAGGAGGUCUUGAGUCCAGAUGAGGUGGUGAAGGAGCUCAUUGGUUACUGCCUGGACAGCUUGGGAAAACUGCAGGCCAAAAAUGAGCACCUGCAGAGAGAAAAUGAAAGGCUUUUCAGCAACUGGAGUGACGCUGAGAGGAGGCUGGAAAAAUGUGUGGAGGCUAAAGAGAAGCUGGAGGCAGAUCUUUAUAACCGGUUUAUUCUGGUGCUGAAUGAGAAGAAGGCAAAGAUAAGAAACUUACAGAAGUUGGUGAAUGAAGCCAAAGAAUCUGCAGCAGAUGCCAAAUGUACCAGGGAUAGUAUAACUACUACUCAGAUGGUUAUAAAGAGAGAAAAUGACUAUGAUGCCAGCACUGAUGAGGAAAGUGAAAGUUUAACACAGGCUUCGUUACCAUCAGCACCGGAGCGAAGGGAUUCCUCCUUCCUGGGGAGCCCAGAUGUUGCUGACACAGCUCCAAGAAGGAAGAGAAGACAAAGGGCUGCAAAACCUGCUGGGACAGGGCCUAAGGUGGCAGCUUAUGAGGCAGAACAACCACCUGAAGAAAAACCUGACCUGGCCUCACAGAAGACAUCAGGCCAGCAUUCCGUGGAUUGGAACCUGGAAACACUGAAGAACACUUGUGAGCCAGAGGACCUCUUUGAUGACAUGUAGCCACAUGUGGGCUGAGAGACAGAGACUGGUGCUUCUAACAGCGAUAAGCUGUAAAACUAAAAGGCUUUUUUAAUAGAGUAGAACCAAGAUCUGUGCUCUGAGGCUGUUUCCAGUGGCACACCCCUCUAAACACUCUUGCACUGCACUUGUCCCCAUUCUUCACUAUGAAUUUGUAGACCCUAACAGACCUGAUUUGUGAUGGUCUUAUAAAAGAGUUUAUCCCCUGUGUAGAACUUUCAUCAAGUGUAUAUGGGAAGGGAGAGCACCACUGAGGUGUUUUCUACAUCCUCAGUCAGUGGCUGCUGACUGUGUUCAGGUUUUCCAGAUGUCCACAGAGAAUGUCCGACAUAAGAUUUUAAGCUACCGCUGUACUUAACCUUAUAUGCCACCCCUUUCUUAGCUCAGCCUAGGCAUGGUCUAGAUAAAUCAUCUUCAGCUUUGUUUGAGAUGCAGAUUUAGAAUAGUCUCUUCUGAUUCAAAGCAUCCAAAGAAAUACCGUUUUAUUCGAAGAUUCUCUGCAGCAUUAAUGCAUUAUAAGGUAUUCUUGCUUUUGGAAGUAAAGUGCUUCUAAAGUAGAUAUUGACUCUAUUUUAAGCUUCUGUAGAAACCCAUAGCAUUUAAAAAGAUUGUCAUUUUUGAUACUUCAACAUUUUCCUUAAGGUGAUUUCUAAAAAGAAAAAAAUAAAAUGCAUUCUGAAAGGACUUCAAUUUUGUUCUUAUUUGCUUAGAUGCUAUGAGUAAAGGUAGGAGUUAGCAAAGUGUGUUAAUGCAUGAAAGCAAUCUGUGCUCUGUGGCUUGGAAAGGUCCUUGGUAAAACACCUACUUGGUGUUUCUGAAAUGGCCACACUUAUAUAGGCUCUGAUUCUGCCAAAAUUCCAUGCUAUAAUUUAUUAAAAGCACCCAUGUCAGUAUUUGCAGCAUCAUGAACGCCUAUAGGAAACAAGGGUCUGGGAAUAUUACAUUUAAGCAUUCCUCCCUGGAAAACACGGUCACAGCAUUUUAAAUUCACAAAGGGCUUUGGGACAGUGUUAUAAAUCACACAGUAAAAAUAAGAAUGGCUACAAUAUUUUGCUUGCUAAAAAGGCUUUGUGCCUGAGAAGUGACAGGGCCACAGAAGCCCCAUUCAUACACCCAUUCAUGGGCACGGCCUGAUUUAAAAUCUUCCAGUGCUGAUCUGACAAUGCUUUCAGCAAAAGCUCAUGUAUGGUUCCAGUUUUGGAGUGAAAAUGUUCCAUGACUUAAACCGAAGUGCAAGAGCUUGGUUUAAUUGUGCCUACAGCAGAAAAUGAAGGUAAAUGAAGCUGAACAUCCCACAAAACUCUACUUUCAGGAAGCUGUUGGUUUCUAGUGGCAAAAUGUUGUUGUACAAAUAGGAAAUGUUACAUGCCAUGGGCAGAUGUAAUAAAGUGUGUAAGAGUGUUUA